UUCACCGGGAGAAAUAUGCAUAUAUGAAUUGCAUAACUAGUUCAAUAAUAUGGAUGCCCACAAAAGCAAACAUUGGUUAUACAAACUUUUUGUGGUGGCAAUUUCUUUGGUUUUGAUUAAUUAUCAGUUAAGUGGCUUUGUAUAUGCAGGAACUGGAGCUGAGCUGUUGGGAAAAAUGGAAGAUCUUCCAUCAUAUUCUGGCACAAGUGAUGGGAUUGAUGAAUUUGGUGAAAUAAGGGAAGUUGAAUCAUGGGAAAUGGUGCAGAAGAAAGGGAACCAAUUUGUCCUCAAUGAUCAACCUUUCUAUGUAAAUGGUUUCAACACUUACUGGUUGAUGGUAUUUGCCGCGGAUAAUUCCACAAGAGGGAAAGUCUCUGAGCUGUUUAAAGAGGCAUCUUCUGCAGGCCUAACCGUUUGCAGGACAUGGGGGUUCAACGACGGCCAGUGGCGAGCUCUUCAAAAAUCCCCAUCAGUUUAUGAUGAAGAUGUUUUCAAGGCUCUAGAUUUUGUGGUAAGUGAAGCAAGGAAAUACAAGAUCAGGCUCAUACUUUCACUAGUUAACAACUGGGAUGCAUAUGGAGGUAAACCACAAUAUGUUAAAUGGGGAAAAGCCGCUGGCCUGAAUUUGACAUCGGACGAUGAAUUCUUUUCCCACCCGACUCUCAGAAGUUACUACAGGGCCCAUGUUAAGGCAAUGCUAAAUAGGGUGAAUACACUUACAAAUGUAACUUACAAGGAUGACCCCACGAUUUUCGCUUGGGAACUGAUGAAUGAGCCUCGAUGCACCUCAGAUCCCUCCGGCAAUGUGCUUCAGGCCUGGAUAGAAGAAAUUGCAGUGUAUGUGAAGAGUAUUGAUCCAAAGCACUUGGUGGAGAUUGGAUUAGAAGGAUUUUAUGGUCCCUCAACACCUAAUAAAGUUCAAUUCAAUCCAAACACAUAUGCUCAACAAGUUGGCACUGAUUUUAUAAGAAACCACCAGGUUCUUGGAGUUGAUUUUGCUUCGGUUCACAUCUAUGCAGACUCUUGGAUUUCUCAAUCAAUCUCUGAUGUCCAUCUCCAAUUCACCAAAUCAUGGACGGAAGCUCACAUAGAGGAUGCUGAGAAAUAUCUUGGAAUGCCGGUUGUGUUUUCCGAAUUCGGAGUAUCUACAAAAGACCCCGGUUACAACUCAACGUUCCGCGACACCCUUAUCACGACGGUGUAUAACGUUAUUUUGAACUCUACAAGUAAAGGAGGGGCUGGGGGCGGAAGCCUUUUGUGGCAACUCUUCCCUCAGGGGACGGACUACAUGGACGACGGCUAUGCCAUUGUGCUUUCGCAAUCUCCUUCGACGUCAAAGAUCAUAUCCCUUCACUCCCAGAGACUUGCCAUCUUCAACUCUAGGUGUGAUUGGAAAUGCCGUUGGGGUUGCAGGAAGAAGCAUGCUCUUGAGACUCUUCACCAUGAUGAUUUAUGAGAAGUAAAUAUAAGAGAUCAAGUUUCAAGUUGGUUGGAGAAGUUCUUAUUAUACCAGUUUGUAUCUGUUUCUAUGUGCAAAAAUGCUUGUUAAUGGCUUAAAUUUUGAAAAAAAAAAAAUUUGAGGAAUGAUGUAUGAAGAUAUUUGCAGAUGUGAACAAUCUCUGUUACAACCGAACCAAGUGACAAUUUAUAUCGUAUUCAUAUC